AUGCAGACUGCUUCUACAAACAUUUGUGAAAGACUGUGCAACACGUCCAUCUGUGAAAUUUCCUUGCUACUAAAUAUUCCACUGUCAACCAUUAGUGGUAUUAUAACAAAGUGGAAGAAACUGGGUACAACAGCAAAGUGGAAGACCAUGUAAAAUGACAAAGUGAGGUCAGUACAUGUUGAAGCGCACAGUGUCCAGAAGUCUCCAACUUUCGGCAGAGUCAAUAGCUAAAGACCUCCAAACUUCAUGUGGCCUUCAGAUUAGCACAACAAAAGUGCGUAGAGGGCUUCAUGGAAUGGGUUUCCAUGGCAAAGCAGCUGCAUCCAAGUCUUACAUCACCAAGUGCACUGCAAAGCGUCGGAUGCAGUGGUAUAAAGCACACCACCACUGGACUCUA